AUGGAGGCGGAGAUGUACCUCCACCCCGCCGAGCCCCUCAGGGCGAACACGGUCACAUGCAUCCCAAGGCUCCGCGGCGGUGGCGGCGUCCGUCGGAGGCCACGGCAGCACGCGGGCGCUCCUCCAGCCCCGGCGUCGUCCGUAUCAGUGAUUGAUCGCGUCCGCGACGUCCUGCUGCGGCUCGCGAUGCUGUCGGCGACGACGUCUCCCAAGGCAGGCGCCGGCCGCCUCCAGCAGCAGCACACCACGACGGCGCCUGGGGCACCGACGAGAGCGGCCUCGGUGCGCAUGAGCCCUUCGUACUCCGACUCAUACCCGAGCGACGCCGUCGACGACUGCAUCGAGUUCCUCAAGAGGUCGGCCGCCGGAGCCGGAGCCGGCGCCGCUGCCCCUGUGCCGGCCGCGGCUGUCCCGGAGCCAGUGAGCUCGGCACCGUCGUAG